GUCCGGAACGUGCAAGUUAGCGCUGCUGCAGGUGCCGGUGAACUCUAGAUCGUGCGGCGUCAGGCGUGGGGACAACAGAAAGUUGUGUUUACGCGCGAAUCAGACUCCCCUUGGCAGGCCUCUUUUGUGUCCUCCAGGCUUUUCUACUCACGACCAUCCUUCCCUUGCACCUGCCUAUUGGAACUGUCUCAUAACUGGCUGCCCUCCUGUUAGCCUUUCACCAGCCUGAGUGAUCUUUCUAAAUGCCAGUGAGUUCCUGUGGCCCUUGGGCUCAGGAUCAUUCGGUGGAGCCCCAUUGAGAGUUAUAUAAAGUUCAGAAAACAUGUCUCGAAGAUAUGACUCCAGGACCACUAUAUUUUCUCCAGAAGGUCGCUUAUACCAAGUUGAAUAUGCCAUGGAAGCUAUUGGACAUGCAGGCACCUGUUUGGGAAUUUUAGCAAAUGACGGUGUUCUGCUUGCAGCAGAGAGACGCAACAUCCACAAGCUUCUUGAUGAAGUCUUUUUUUCCGAAAAAAUUUAUAAACUCAACGAGGACAUGGCUUGCAGUGUGGCAGGUAUAACUUCUGAUGCUAAUGUUCUGACUAAUGAACUGAGGCUCAUUGCUCAAAGGUAUUUAUUACAGUAUCAAGAGCCAAUUCCUUGUGAGCAGUUGGUUACAGCACUCUGUGAUAUCAAACAAGCUUAUACACAGUUUGGAGGAAAACGUCCCUUUGGUGUUUCAUUGCUAUACAUUGGCUGGGAUAAGCACUAUGGCUUUCAGCUGUAUCAGAGUGACCCUAGUGGAAAUUAUGGGGGAUGGAAAGCCACAUGCAUUGGAAAUAAUAGUGCUGCAGCUGUGUCAAUGUUGAAACAAGACUACAAAGAAGGAGAAAUGACUUUGAAGUCAGCACUUGCUUUAGCUAUCAAAGUGCUAAAUAAGACCAUGGAUGUUAGUAAAUUAUCUGCAGAAAAAGUGGAAAUCGCCACACUAACAAGAGAGAAUGGGAAGACGGUAAUCCGAGUUCUCAAACAAAAGGAAGUGGAACAGUUGAUCAAAAAACAUGAGGAAGAAGAAGCUAAAGCUGAGCGUGAGAAAAAAGAAAAAGAGCAGAAAGAAAAGGAUAAAUAGGAGACAAAAUCAGGGAUUUUAUAACUCCUCUGGGGCACCGUUUCAGUGUAAAGGAUGUCCUACUCUUCCACACUGAGAAGGGUUUGGCCUUUUUUUUAACUUGUGCAGUGGAGAAAUAGGACAUUACAUACUGAAUUGAGUCCUUGUCGUUUUUUGUCCAGUUGCAUACUUUAUUGUAAUGAUGAUGAUUACUCUUCAUGGACAUCUUAAUCUCCCACGCAUAUCCCCGUUUUUUGGAAUAAAACUUGGAAAGAAUGGAAAUG